AUGAAAGACGUCUCCAACUCCACCCGGGCUACGCGUCCAACAGCGUACCCCAAGAAGAAGCCUUCUCCCUACGGCGUCUCCAAGUCACGACGACAGUCCCCGCUCUACCCCCCACAUUCGCUCGCAGAACUCCUCGUACAGCGUCAGCGGCUUGCGCAGAUCAGCGCGCUCCGACGGGAAGGCAUUUAUCUCGAGGAGGAAUACCAUGACGAGAUCCGCGCAUAUAUGCACGAGAUGGAGCGCAUGACAAUGUGCUCUCUGGCCUCAAUGGACCAACAACCCGAGAUCAAGUGGCAUAUGCGUCCGUGUCUCGUCGACUUCCUCGUCGAGCUGCACUUCAUCUUCCGUCUCCGGCCGGAGACGCUCUAUCUCACCCUUAACGUCAUCGACCGCUACGUCUCGAAGCGCGUCGUGUACGUCAAGCACUAUCAGCUAGUCGGUUGCGCCGCCCUCUGGAUCGCCGCCAAGUUCGAAGACGCGAAAGAACGCGUCCCAACAGUGCAUGACCUCGCGCAGAUGUGCUCAGAGACUUACGACGAGUCGGCGUUCAUUCAGAUGGAAGGCCACGUUCUUUCGACGAUCCAGUGGACGCUCGGACACCCUACGGCCGAGUGCUGGCUACGCAUCCUCUGCUGCGGCCCGGUGACGGAAGAAGCCAAGGUUCAGCACGUCGCGCGGUUCCUCAUGGAGAUCACCCUCUUCUACCGCGAGUUCGUGCAGUACCCGUCUUCUGCCAUUGCUCUGACUCGCCGGAUCUUCGAGGAGACGGAGGAAUGCCUAGAGAUCGUGGAUCAUUUGGACAACCGGUUGGCGAAGCACGUCAACGACCUUUCGGAGACCCUGGUCAAGAAGUACUCGUACUCCUUCUACUCGAAGGCGGCGACCUUCGUGCUCCAGUUCUACCUGCAGGGUGGCAGGUGGCAGCGUCAACCUCUCGUUGCACUGCCGAUGACGCCCGUGCGUUCUUACACGCGCGAGGUCACCACGCCCAUGAGCGUUUCCAGCGCCUCGGAUACGGACGAUAUGCCGGUCACUCCUUCGAGCCCAAUCCUGUCGAGCGACGCGUUUUCGGGCUCGUACAUGUCAGACGACAAGGAGAACCUGCCUUCGCCCAAGUUCGAGCCGGUGCUCAACAAGAACCUCGUGGAGCAAGUACCAGAACACUGUCUGCCCCACGACUUCCUCGCGUACCAGCGUCAAGCGCUCCACAACCUCAACAUGGCCUCGCCGCGUCCAUCGGCCAUGGUGUCAUGA